AUGAGUUGGCGAUGGCAUGGGCAGACGGCGAUUUGGCUCCUGCUCCAGGUCCACCCUGUCGCCUUCGCAAAGCGGCUCCUCGAGUCGGACAAGGACCUCGGUCACCCCCUUGUGGUGUUCCAGCUCAAUGCUCUGCAGGACUCCUUGGCCAUGAACACGCAAACGCGCAACAUGGUGGUGAAUGAACAGGCCAUCAACGAGCUUCUCCCGGCAGGGAAGACUUGGAGCAUGAUCCAUGAAGCGCUCUCAGAUGCUCAGGGCCGCGGCAGCGGCAUAGGCAAGUUCCACCGGACCGACAUCAACAGCUUCACCAAGGUGAACUGCCAAGUGGUGCGCUACUCCUUCGACCCGAGCAUGUUCUUGGGGCUCUCGGAAUGCGCCAUGCAUGAAGGGGACAGUGCUCCGUUCAGACCUUGGUGCCCUCCGCGGGACAGCUAUCUGAACUGCCUGCGCAACGGGACCCUCCCUUGCGUCUACGGAGGGGAUCAGGGCGGCCCUGCAGUGGCUGUCUGGGAGCUGGACGAGGAUACAUCCCUCUUCCCUAGGGACGCAAGCAUCCGAGUCCCGACGCUGCUGUGGAUGCGGGACGACAGCAAGGAAAAUGAAGCAAAUCUCACUGAGUUCGAGGGCUGCAAGGGCAAGCUGGUGAAGACGCUCUGGGGACGGCUGAGGGAAGAGCUUGCCCGCGACAUUGCCAAGAAGGUCUACCACGAGAUCCUUCGGGUCGACCUUCGCUUGUCCUGGUCCUAUCGCGCCCCGUACUUCCUGACCCUGCUCACCAACGACCAGACGGCGACUGGUUGUGGCGGAUCGCAGAGUGGCUCCCGCUUCUGCCGCAACAUGGAGGAGCGCUACUACCCUGGAGCUAUGAACCGGAAGCCAUCGGUCCUCCUACUGGAGGAGUUCGAAGAUCCCAUGGUCCAGAUGGCGGUGGUGCCCUCUCUGAACAAUUCAGGCCAAAAGGUGGAUUUCGAGGAGGCCUUGGCCGAAAGAGGUUACUCGUGCAUCCGCUUCAAAGACGAGAUCUUGGCUUGCUGGAAUCAACAGGACUUCGAGAAGCCUGACUUUUGGGCGAAAGACCUGGGCUUCGAAUUGUCACAGAAGAAAGGGGAGCCAACGAUCGUGUGCAUGGAGGGCAGGUCCGGGGCCGCUGCAUGCAACGUGUGCUUCAACGAGCUGAUCACGAAGAUGCAGCGUGGAGAGACCCUAGACACGGUGCGCAACCCGUCGCUGGAGGACUUGUCCUCGCGCGCGGCGCACGAGGGCGCGCUGCUGCGGCUGAAGCACGCCGGUUCCGGGUCGAUGGUCGUCAUCACGGCACUUCACCUGCAGACCCCCAGCACCGACGGUACUGGCGAGAUGCGCUCGCAUGAGCUACAUCAACUGAGAGGUCAGCUGGAAAUGUUCGCCGGCAGCAACGACUACGUCAUCAUGGGCGGCGAUUUCAACAUCAACCUGUCCCCGCAGGGUGGCGAGUACGAGCGGUUCAUCUUCACGGGCAGGUUCCCGAGCAGGAGCAUGGUCCUGAAGGCCAUCAACCGAACUCGAUUUCAGACAGGCUUCACGAUGCAUGCCUACGGCGAACACGACGUCCCCGGCGUGGCCUACAAGCUUGGCAGCCGGCGUCUUCUGGACGUCAUGGGGGAGGAGGACCAAGGCGGCUGCGUGAGCUCCAAGGCCGCUGGACGGGCCUUGAUGAUCGACUACAUCUUCGCCGAUUCGAGGUUGACCCAGGGCGUGCAGCACGGCGGCGUCUGCAUGCAGCCCACGCCCCCUCUGGAGCCGAGAUUUAUCCCCGACGUGAACCAGGAGUUUCCUGUGGAAUUCUCGGAUCACUUUGGCCUGACUGCCCUGCUCCACAUCCCCGGCAGACCUAAGCCGGCAGGGGCCCCUCACUAG